AUGGCCGGGAAGAGCCCCAUGAAAACAGGUGCUGUGGCAGGCAAACAGCCGUCAAAUCUGAAUUCUUUGAAAAACCGAAAUAGAGGCGGUAAAUCGGCACCUGCACUUGCACAUUCGACGCACAAUGCAAGACCAAGGCGAUUCAGUCUUAUAUACUCAUCGGACUCGUCGCUGAGUGCUCUCUCAGAUGUGGAAAAUAACCGGAAAAUGAGCUUCAAGAACCCCAAAAUGAGCAAGAAAUCCAAACGGGGUGUAAGUAACGAGAUGGGUAAGAAUGGUAAACUGAUACCACAAAACCCAGUAGACUCAAACAGUGGAUUUUCCUCCGAAAAUGGUGCCAUAGACGACGAAAGUGACAGCACCGGAAGCAAUAAUAAUAGCAGUAGCGACGACGACGACAAGGAGGACGAUGAUGCGGACGAUGGAAAUAACGUAGCAUCUAGCUCUACAUCAAGCUCUGACGACGAUGACGUUGACUUUGUCAAGCUCAGCGCAGAGAGAAAGAAAAGGGCCAUGCGGGCCAUGGGCGCUUUGAAGCGAGGCAAGUCACCAAAGAAAAGUGAUGUCUCUUCGAAAAACAUCAGUGAGAGUUUGAAUAAAGAUCGAAAGGACGACAAAGACAGCUCGAGUGAGGAAAGCUCGUGCGAAGAUCCAAUGGCAUUCAGCUUCAAGAACGAUGGCGGUAUCAAGUUUGGCAAAAGUCCCAAAGAAGCAGCGAGCGAUGAAGAUUUAGGUGAAGAGGUCAAUGAAAGCUCCUCCUCCAUGAAGCAUGUUUUGCCCAGCGAGAAUAAUGCUGUCGACAGAUUGAAUGUACCGCAGAUAUCCGAAAGCGAAGAAUCUGACUACGAAAUAGACCCUGACGCCUACCUCAAAAGUAUACAACAUGAUGAGGAAGAUAUAGUGGGAAUGGAAAAUGGCAUGGAUACUGGAGAAGACGAUGUUCCUCUUUUGGAUGAAGAGGAAAAUCAUAUUGUAAUGGAGCUCGAGAAUGAUGACGAGCUUUCAUUCAACGGUAGCAUUCAUGAAGAAGGUGAGGACCCCGUAGAAGCUGGAGCUGAAGGCGGCAAAGGAGCAAGGUUCAGCAGUCAGGCUUAUAGCGAAUACAAUGACGAAGAUGAGGACGAAAAUAUGAGCGACUUUGAUGAACCUUUCUAUGAAGACCCCAAGUUCGCAAAUCUUUACUACUGUGCAGGAAGUGAUCAGCCUCUUUCUCUCAGCACGUCUCUCCCACUGAUACUGGAUGACGAAAAGCGGAGAACCCUGGAUAAGAAGCAAACCAAGAAAAGGGAACGAGAAGAGUUGAUCAGACGUCGAAAGCUUUCCAAGAAGCUAGAUAAAGAGCGUAGACAGCGUUCUGCGGCUACCGACUUGGAUAACGAGGAGUAUCUUUUUGGCGUGUAUUUCAAAAGCGACGAAGAAAAGAGAAAUAUUGAAGGUAUUGAAUCAUCACUACGUCAGCUAGGUUCAGCGGCUGCUUCUGAAACUGAUUAUUCAAGCGACGAAGAGUAUGAAAACAUUCUUCUCGACAUCGCCAAUAUUCCUACCGACGAAGAAAGCCUUUCCUCUUUCGUAAAUGGUGGAAAGGCUGAUGAUGGUGGAGAGAAUGAUGGCGACGACGAUGAUGAGGAUGAUGACGACGAAGUGGAUGACGCUAGCAUGUCUAACGUCUUUAUAGAUAUCGACGAUCUGGAUCCAGACUCCUUUUACUUCCAGUACGAUAGUUCUGAAGACGAAAUUAUGGAUUUUGACGCGCAACGAGACCAGAAAGCGGAAUCAGGAAAAAUUUCGGAACCAGACGACAAGAACUAUGUGGAAACCGUCGUCUACAUCGAUGGUGAAUCGACUGAUGAGGAUGAAACACUGCCACCACCUGAUACCCGAAACAAGAAGAUUGGUUCCAAAGCUAAAGAAGUUGUCAGCGCCAAUGUUGUGGGCUUGAAGCCACCAAAGCUGGGAACCUGGGAGACAGAUGACAAACCCUUUAGUAUCAUUGAUGGGCUGUCCACGAAAUCGCUAUACCCACUUUUGCAAGAGCAACAACUUCUUGGACAGCAUGUCGUACAGCAGCAACCGAUGUCGGCUAGUGAACUCAGCGCUGCUGGAGAAAAGGAAGAACUAACGCUUAAUGAACUUUUGAAUAUGAGUGAACUUGACGAUGAAGAUGAAGCGAGUGGCACUGCGAACAACGAGGUUGCUGCUUCAGAAUGGUAUGAUAAACCAAAGGUCCCAUUGUCCGCGUUUAGGAACAAAGGUGUUGACGUCAGCCAUGACGAAGAGUAUAUGCUCCCAGUUUUUUCUGCCAGAAAGGUUCCAAUUGGCUACGUGGGCAGUGAAAGGACUAGACGCAAAAUCGAUCGGAUGAAACUAAUUCAGAAGAAAAAAAGCGAGGAACGUCGAAAAUUGAAGAAGAAGAAAAAGCUUCUGAAACUCAGAAGAGAGCGGGAUAGGCUUGAGAAGGAGAGACUUUCGGAAGUUGCUGCAUCUAGCGAAGCCGGUGGAGUUGAGGGAGAACCCACAACGCCAUUGAAAUUGGAAGACAGGGUUGCUGGCUCAGAAAAACCAUUUGAAGAUGGAACAGUCUCUAAUAUCGACGCCGCGAAUAAGUCCAUGGACGCCAUGGACUUGGACGACAUUCACAAUCUUCUCGCCAACACAGAGAAUGAUCUGGUACCUCACGCGGGUCAGGACGGCGACCGCUUAGAUGCCACGGACGCCGAUAUUUUGGCCACUUUAACGGCUCCCGUGGACGUGCAUUCUGUGGACGAAAACCAAAUCACGACGGGCGCUGCGUGGAGAAGACGUCAAAGUGUCGUUGAAGCUGCUGCUGAGAAUCUGCGUUUCACCAAGAGUGGUCUGUUCAGCGAAAGUGCACUAGCAGAUCUCGAAGAGAUAAUUGGUGGUUCUGGCAAUUCGGUCAUUGAGUUUAGCGAUGUUUUGCAAUGA